GCCUGGUAAUUGCUUGGAACAAGGGUAAAUCCAGCUUCUCGCCUUUUCAUCAAAGCGCCUGUUCUCCUUCCCAACUUGCCGAGUUCCCUCGCUCUCACCUGUGUGAAGCCCUCGAUAUCCCAGCGCAGCGCCCACCACCGGGAUUACUUGGCUCUUCAGCGCCCUUUAUCUUGCCGACCACCAUUUUUACAGCUGCCUACAUUCGUCCUAGUUGGGACACUUCUUUCCCAUCUACCAAGGCGGUGUCAGAACUGGGCGUUCCCUCCCACCUCGACUCUUUCGAACCUCUCCGCUCCUUGUGGAUUGGCAACAUUUCUUGCUGCCUUCUCGCCUUCUCGUCGCCCUUCCCUGGAUGGAGUGUGCCUUCAGCUAACAAGACGCCCAAGGUUGGAUCGGCAUGUUGGCUGUACGAGGUGCUAUGGACCCAUUGCGCCGUCGCCCCUCCUUUCGUUCGGAGCGGCAAAGUCUGAUGCGUCAACCCUCUGCUGAAGACCUUGAUGCCGCUCAUCAGCUGGUGUCGUCCGCCCUUGGGGAACGCCACGGUUCUCAUCUGACCCAUGAAAAUAACGCGGGGGAUGUCGCCUACGGCCAUCUUCCCGUGGGUCAAGCCAGCAGUAGACCAGACGCCUCUGAACCACCAAUAUCAGAGUUCCCUGAACCUGUUGAGCAAAGAGGUGAACCUCCGGCUCUGGGCCAAGUCUGCAGCAACUGCGGGACGACCAAGACCCCGUUAUGGCGACGGUCUCCCACUGGACGCACCAUUUGUAAUGCUUGUGGGCUUUACCUCAAAACGCGUCACGCUCCACGGCCUAAAACCUUCAAGCGUCCAAACUCAGCCGCCUCUCCUGAAAGUCCACGCCAGAGAAGCACGGCAUCUCCGACCGCUUCAACGGUGUCGGCAUCGGCACAAAGCCUGUCCACAAGCAUACCGUAUCGGGUUCCAGAGCACACCACUGGGUCGUGUCGAGGUAGAGGAGAAUGUAACGGAGCGGGCGGAGCGGAAAGCUGUGGAGGAUGCCCUGCGUACAACAACAGAGUCUCCAGAGCCGCCCGCACUGCGUCUAUCGCCAACUUAUUGAUCGACGAGAAGGACGAUUCGCAGAGUGAGGCCGGUCUGAAAACUAGCCCAAGUGCAUCGAAUUCUGCCACCCAGCAACAAGGGUCUCCCGCAAAUACCUCUUUGGUUGUUGCGUGUAAGAAUUGUGGAACAACAGUAACCCCUCUAUGGCGACGUGAUGAGCAAGGUCAUCCUAUCUGCAAUGCGUGCGGCUUGUAUCACAAAUUACACGGGUCGCAUCGGCCGGUACAAAUGAAGAAGUCUACCAUCAAGAGGCGGAAAAGGGUGGUACCAGCAUACCCCGACGUUCUCAAACCAGCCUCCACUACUUCUCAACAGCAAUCGUCGACGUCGCCCGAACCUCCUCUGCCGACAGAUACCAGUGAGCUAGUGCCUGUCGACAACUCGCCGGCGCCGAAGAGGAGACGACCCCCUCCGACGGUGGAUUACACCGGAUACGUACCUCAAACACACGUGGAUGAAGCCUCGCACGCCGCGCACGACACGAACGAAGACUAUGCGACUCGACUUCAGCGGGCAGCGGCGGCAGCAGGAGGGAUGCAACUUGACCCCGCUCUAGUGGAGGCCGGUCGUCGCCAUCAGGAACAGGAGGCCACAGCAGCGCAGCAAUCCGAAGACGGUCCAGAUGGUGCAAAUGAGCAGGAUCAAGCUGCCUGGAGAGCAGAGAGAAGGGCCCAGCUUAUGCGAGAAGCCGAAGUCAUGAGGGCGGCGCUACGAGCAAAAGAACGUGAGAUCGAUGACCUCACUUGAUGUUGGUGAUCUACAGCGCCACAUAUCCAUGCGGCCCGUUGGUUUCUUGUCCAUAAAAUAUCUGCAUGCCGACGUGGUUGGGGAAAACCAAGAUUCUGAAUGAUUUAAUGAAUGCAUGUUGCACAGCAAGGCGCUGGAGGAAAAUCAGUCGUUUGUGGAAGGCAUCCAGGAAGAAGGCCAGUUUAGGCGACAUACGAGUAUGCAGCCAUCAUGCCCUCCAGCGAUCCUCGCUUUACACUCGGUCCUUGUUCCCGUCUCAUGGGCUUGGGCUGGCUUUGGGCACGGAAAUCCUUUGGCGUCGUACAAAACGCAGACACGGUCCUUCCUGAGUCCAGAGACCCGCAAUGUAGGAUCAAACUGUAUCUUUGCGACACCACCUCGCCCAUCAUCAACUCGUAC